UUUCCCACAAUCCUCUGAGAAGGGGUGUCAGUUGGAAUGUAGAUUGCGAAGGAGAAGGUUUGGAGAGAAAGAGAGCAGGGAGAGGAAUUCACCGGAACCAUGACUGACAAGUUGCCAGUGAUGAGAAUUGGAGUUGUGGGAUAUGGACAUUUAGGGCAGUACCUUGUGGAGCGGCUCCAGAGAGAAGGGGCCCAGGUGGGCCUGACACUGGUCUUUGUGUGGAACAGAAACACUGACAAACUCAGAGAAUCAGUGGCUGAGGAGCUGAUUCUACACAACCUCCCAGACUUUACAGACAGGGGUGCUGAUGUGAUUGUGGAGGUGUGUCAUCCCAAAAUUGUAAAAGACUUUGGAGUCCAAUUCCUCUCUAAGGCCCAUUUUCUGGUGGGCUCUCCUUCAGCCCUCUCAGACCCACAGCUGAACCAGGAACUGCGCCAGGCUGCAGAGCAUCAUGGGAGGACCCUAUAUGUCCCCAGUGGUGCAUUGUGGGGAGGCCAGGAUAUCCUGAGACUCAAUGAUAGUGGAUCUUUAAAGGCACUGUUCAUCCGGAUGUCCAAGCACCCGUCAUGUUUCCGUCUGACAGGAGACGUGCUGUCUGAUUGGACAGAGGAUGAGGGGAGGCGGGUCUUAUUCGGUGGCUCGGUGGCAGAGCUCUGUCCUGUCGCCCCUAACAACGUCAACACCAUGGCGGCAGCAGCCAUCGCAGCGGGGACCCUGGGUUUCGCUGGCGUCCAGGGGGAGAUUGUGUCGGAUACGGCACUAAGUGAUUACCAUGUGGUGGAGGUGGAGGUUACUGGUGCCAAUGGCUUCACAGUGCAUACAGUGAGGAGGAACCCAGCCAAACUUGGAGCUGUAACUGGGAGUGCCACCUACAACUCCUUCUGGAGCAGCUUACUGGUGUGUAAGGGACAUGGUGGCCGGGUUCACUUGUGCUGAAGAGGGAGGGAUUUCAGAAGACAAUUCCCUCUACCAACCAAACACUCACAACACUAUGGUACUGAAACAUACUACACAACACUAUGGUACUGAAACAUACUACACAACACUAUGGUACUGAAACACACUACACAACACUAUGGUACUGAAACACACAUUACACAACACUAUGGUACUGAACAGUCUGCAGUGGCUGUGUCUGUAGUUACUGAUCAUGUGUGAGCAAAGAUGGGCUUGCUUCAUAUAUGGUGUGACUGUAUCAGGAUUGACAAAGAUGGGCUUGCUUCAUAUAUGGUGUGACUGUAUCAGGAUGGACAAAGAUGGGCUUGCUUCUUAUAUGGUGUGACUCUAUCAGGAUUGACAAAGAUGGGCUUGCUUCUUAUAUGGUGUGACUGUAUCAGGAUGGACAAAGAUGGGCUUGCUUCAUAUAUGGUGUGACUGUAUCAGGAUUGACAAAGAUGGGCUUGCUUCUUAUAUGGUGUGACUGUAUCAGGAUGGACAAAGAUGGGCUUGCUUCUUAUAUGGUGUGACUGUAUCAGGAUUGACAAAGAUGGGCUUGCUUCUUAUAUGGUGUGACUGUAUCAGGAUUGACAAAGAUGGGCUUGCUUCUUAUAUGGUGUGACUGUAUCAGGAUGGACAAAGAUGGGCUUGCUUCUUAUAUGGUGUGACUAUCAGGAUUGACAAAGAUGGGCUUGCUUCUUAUAUGGUGUGACUGUAUCAGGAUUGACAAAGAUGGGCUUGCUUCUUAUAUGGUGUGACUGUAUCAGGAUGGACAAAGAUGGGCUUGCUUCUUAUAUGGUGUGACUGUAUCAGGAUUGACAAAGAUGGGCUUGCUUCUUAUAUGGUGUGACUGUAUCAGGAUUGACAAAGAUGGGCUUGCUUCUUAUAUGGUGUGACUGUAUCAGGAUGGACACAGAUGGGCUUGCUUCAUAUAUGGUGUGACUGUAUCAGGAUUGACAAAGAUGGGCUUGCUUCUUAUAUGGUGUGACUGUAUCAGGAUGGACAAAGAUGGGCUUGCUUCAUAUAUGGUGUGACUGUAUCAGGCUUGACAAAGAUGGGCUUGCUUCUUAUUUGGUGUGACUGUAUCAGGAUUGACAAAGAUGGGCUUGCUUCAUAUAUGGUGUGACUAUCAGGCUUGACAAAAACAAGUCUGCAUCUACAAUUCUGGGGAAUCAAAUGUUGCACCUUCAUCCUACAAAGUCCUACUACUGGAUCCCAGCAGCACUUUCCUCCUUUUCUCUACAAAUUAAAAUAUUACUUUGUGAAGUAACAAUUUAAAUGACCAACUCCCUCAGGGUGAUGGCAGGCACCACAUUCAUUAGCAAUCGUCUAGCAACAAGCCACAACUUUUACAGCUCUUAUACAGUUACAUCCACAUCAAUACAUGUUAACAGUAACGUAUGAUGAUCUUUAUGUGGUGUCUUGGUGUUGUCACCACACACACCAUUGUGACCUUAAAACUAGAAGGUUCUAUCUGCAAAAAUAAGGUUCUGAACCCUAAUUGGUUUGAAUUAUGUAUUUGUAUCUUGUAUUGUUUUGAACUUAACAUGAAUUGAAUUAUUUAGAGUACUAUAUAUGUAGAGAACAUUGUACAGAACAAGGAAUAACAAAAUGUCAAUAACAAAACGUGCAGAUAGAACCUUAUAGUUCCAAGCUCUCACAG